UGCUGAACCGGAUUGUGUAUGAAUUUUCCAUCCCCUAGCUUUAAGCGGGGAGGAGGAGGAAGGGUUGGCCAAAUGCGGCGGAAGGGAGCAUCUGAGCGAGGAGGAAGCAGAAACCUCACCGUUUCUCUCCCUCCGGACUCUGUGCUAGCACUGUAGACGUUUGCAGUUCUCUGUCCAGCCGCUGUGGAAAAUCAGCCUCGAAGUGAUAGAAAUUCCCUGCUUAUAUCAGGCAGCUUCUUUCAGAUCCAUCGUCUUUCUCCCGGAGUAUGAGUGGAAGGAUUCAGUGUGCGCUUCACAUUUAUUGGCUUUGAAGUUUAAAUCCAAUGGAGAAGACUCAAGAAACAGUCCAAAGAAUUCUUCUAGAACCGUAUAAAUACUUACUUCAGUUACCAGGUAAACAAGUGAGAACCAAACUUUCACAGGCAUUUAAUCAUUGGCUGAAAGUUCCAGAGGACAAGCUACAGAUCAUUAUUGAAGUGACAGAAAUGUUGCAUAAUGCCAGUUUACUCAUCGAUGAUAUUGAAGACAACUCAAAACUCCGACGUGGCUUUCCAGUGGCCCACAGCAUCUAUGGAAUCCCGUCUGUCAUCAAUUCUGCAAAUUACGUAUAUUUCCUUGGCUUGGAGAAAGUCUUAACCCUUGAUCACCCAGAUGCAGUGAAGCUUUUUACCCGCCAGCUUUUGGAACUCCAUCAGGGACAAGGCCUAGAUAUUUACUGGAGGGAUAAUUACACUUGUCCCACUGAAGAAGAAUAUAAAGCUAUGGUGCUGCAGAAAACAGGUGGACUGUUUGGAUUAGCAGUAGGUCUCAUGCAGUUGUUCUCUGAUUACAAGGAAGAUUUAAAACCACUUCUUAAUACACUUGGGCUCUUUUUCCAAAUUAGGGAUGAUUAUGCUAAUCUGCACUCCAAAGAAUAUAGUGAAAACAAAAGUUUUUGUGAAGAUCUAACAGAGGGAAAGUUCUCAUUUCCUACUAUUCAUGCUAUUUGGUCAAGGCCUGAAAGUACCCAGGUGCAGAAUAUCUUGCGCCAGAGAACAGAAAACAUAGAUAUUAAAAAAUACUGUGUACAUUAUCUUGAGGAUGUAGGUUCUUUUGAAUACACUCGUAAUACUCUUAGAGAGCUUGAAUCUAAAGCCUAUAAACAGAUUGAUGCACGUGGUGGGAACCCUGAGCUAGUAGCCCUAAUAAAGCACUUAAGUAAGAUGUUCAAAGAAGAAAAUGAAUAAUGUUAAGCCAUUCUUGAUUGGGCCUCAUAGCUUAUUUUAGUCAAUUUUUUUGUCUUUUAGCCUUAACCACCUUCUAAAAAAUUUGUUAUUCUCCAGAAACAUAAUAAAUAGGUGAAUAGGGGUGAUGCAAGUGAAUUCGUUUUCAUUUAGAAGCCCCUCUGUACAGAUAAUCAAAAUUCAAAGUUGAAAGAAUCAAAAGAAGCCACAGUUAUGUAGGUCUGAUUUGAAUGUCAUAAUUGCAGUGACAGGACAUUACCACCAGCUCUACCCUACUAUCAUCAAUGUUGUGUUUAUUCCGUCAAUAAAAAAGACUCGCUUCCAGGAAU